AUGCCUCUCUACCAGCCCCCUGAUGUGCAUGCGCCGGUGCUGUCGCAAUUUUCCUUGGCCGGGAAAAUCGUCGCAGUGACCGGUGGCGCUCGUGGCAUUGGCCUGGAAGUGGUCCGUGGCAUGGCCGAGGCCGGGGCGGAUGUAGCGCUUCUCUACACUACCACCACGGAUGCCCCCGAGAUCGCCGCCCAAAUCUCCAAGGAGACAGGCCGUCGGAUCAAGGCUUAUCAGUCUGAUGUGACUAGCCGAGGCGAGAUCGCCGCAGCCAUCAACCAGGUUGCCGAGGAGUUCGGCCGACUGGACGUUGUCAUUGCCAAUGCUGGAACCUGUACCAACCGCCCCAACUUGGAAUAUGAUGAGCAGAGCUGGGCUCGCGACAACCGGGUCAACUAUGAUGGUGUGAUGUGGACAGCCCAGGCUGCUGGCAAAAUUUUCAAGAAGCAGGGCAAGGGCAACUUGAUUGUCACUGCGUCUGUGAGCGCCAUUUUGGUCAACAUUCCCCAGACUCAGGUCGCAUAUAACGCGUCCAAGGCAGCAGCCGUUCACCUGGCCAAGAGUUUGGCCGUGGAGUGGACAGACUUUGCUCGGGUGAACUGCAUCUCGCCCGGUUUCAUGCUGACCGAGAUGCUCACUCAGCAGCCUGCGGAGCUCAUGGAGAAGUGGAUGUCGAUGAUUCCCGGAGGUCGCAUCUGUGAUCCGGCCGAACUGAAGUCGGCGUAUGUUUUCCUUGCGAGCGACGCUUGCUGUUACAUGACUGGUUCUAACCUGGUUAUUGAUGGUGGCUACACUCUGCCUUGA